AUGUCCCUUGAAAGUGCCCUCGAAGAAGAACGCUUAGGCGUCCUUCAUAUCCUUGAAGAAGCCCAAAAUAAAUCUCGCUCUGCUCAUUCUUCUCCAGUUCCUGGCUCUUCCUCUCGCUCACGACCUCCAACUUCUUCCUCACUUCUUCUCCCAGAAUCAAACCAACCCCGACGCAAGUCCUCUUCCAUGCUUAUCGACCCUUCCUCCUCUUCUGCAGACCCCUCUCGCUUAAGACCAGUAACUACUGCUAACGUUGCUUCUAUCCAUAACAGAUCAUUAUCUGCAUCCGCUUCAACAGCUUUAAGACCUUCUCGUUCAAUCACUGAAAAUGAUUACUUCUCACUUCAAGACCCUGAUGCUGACCCUAACGCAUCCCCAGACUCUUAUUACUAUGACCCAAAAGUCCUUAGAGCUCAUCUUCCUGCUAACUUUAUGACCAAACGUGAGCGUGAAGAAGCAGAAAAAGCAGCUAAACAAUCAAAAUUUGCCUUUUGGAAAAAGGGAUCCAAUAAUAACGGAUCCUCAUCUUCUCGCCAAGCUUCAAGAAGUCCCUCUCGUGACGGAAGAAGUCCUUCAGCCGGUCAAGACUUGAAUAAAUUAAAACUCGCCCAAAAUGCAACUCUUUUUACUUCCCCAGGUGCCUCUCCUCUAAUGAGACCUUCCGAAGCUGCCCCAUCUCCUCCCUUCCACUCUUCUAGAGCUGCCUCUUCCUCCCGUCACUCAUCAACUUCAGCCCCAGGAGUCUCCUACUUGGAUAGCUUCGACCUCAACCAAGUAAAGGUCGACCUCGAUGCAAGCGCUGCACCUAAACCUCUUACAUCAGCUCCACGUCGCCGCUCUUCUACUGCUCCUCCAGGCCCUGCUGAAGAUUUUGAUGACCUUUACAAGUCCAUUGGCACCCGUCGCUUAGUCGAUGAAGACCAAGAAGAAGAAUACUCGGACGAUGAUGAAGAAACCGGAACUUCUUCUGAAGAAGAUACUGACUCAGAUGAAAACCCUGAAGAUGAAGAAGAUGAUGAUGAUGAUGACGCAGAAUAUGACAAGGCUGGACGCCGCAAAAAGAGAGACCUCAUUGGCCUCAACUCAAGUAUCGUCAAGGGCCCAACCGAUACCCUCAUUUCCGCCAUGGAAGAAGAACGCAAGUCUAUCGAGUCCUCCAAGUUCCGUGUGAAAUCUCUCAUUGACGAAACCCCAGGUGUUGUCCCUCCUCCAUCCAUGGCUGAGUAUGCCGCAUACAAACGCAGAAUUAUCCACCCUCAUACUGCCUUUGACAAAAACCUUCUCGAAGAUACCCCCUAUACUUCAGAUACUGAGGAACUUCUAGACGCCAGAAGAGCUGCAAAACUUCCCUUUGAAAUUAGUACCAUCCACUCUUCUGCUUCUACAAAAAGAAUGAUUCGCACAAUGUCUCGCGGUGAAAACUUGCCCUCCCUUACUGACCCUAACGCCCCCGUCCCUAAAACUUUUGUUCUCGGAACUGACUUGUCUCCGGAAGCCGCCCAUGCCCUCGAGUGGACCAUCGGAACUGUUCUGCGUGACUCAAACGUUCUCUACAUUGUGUGCGCAAACGAAGAUGAACUGGCAAAUGAAAAGUCUUCCACUGUCACUCUUGAACAACAAGAAGAAGAACGUUUAGAUGCAAUUACCCAACUUACUGCUACUGUCUCUAAACUUUUGAAAAAGACCCGCCUCCAAAUCCAUGUUGUCAUUGAAGUCGUUCACUGCAAAUCUCCCAAACAUUUGCUCAUGGCUGUCAUUGACCAUGUCAUGCCCACCAUGGUAAUUCUGGGUUCCCGUGGCCGCAGUGCGCUCAAGGGUGUAUUGCUUGGUUCCUUUUCAAACUACAUUGUAGAACGCUCUGCCGUCCCUGUCAUGGUGGCCCGCCGUAAACUCCACAAGACUAAGCAUAAGGACCUUAAUGUGCGGCUGGCAAACAACCUCCGUUCCCAAGGUGGUCUUUCUUCGGCCAUUGUCGAUUGA